AUGAGCAGAUUCGAACUAUAUUCUCCGGAAGGAAUCCGAAUUGAUGGUCGUCGUUGGAAUGAGCUUCGACAGUUCCAUUGCCAAACAAAUACACAUCCUAAUGCAUCCGAUGGGUCCAGUUAUGUGAGGCAGGGUAACUCCGAGGUGAUAUGUCUAGUCAAAGGACCUAUGGAUACUACGUACGGAUCAUCAUCAACUAAACAGUUACCGGAUUCACCUGUUUUAAGUAUAUCCAUUAAUCAUCCGGCUUUUGCCACUAUGGAGAGAAAGAAAAGACCUAGAAACGAUAAACGGUUGACUGAAUUAAGUAUCAUAUUGAAGAGAUGCUUUCUCAAGACCAUCGUACUACAUAAUUUUGCCCGAUCCCUUAUAGAGGUUACGGUGACUGUUUUGUCCUUUGAUGGUGGAUUGUUGGCAACUUGUUGUAAUGCUAUAACCUUGGCUCUUAUAGAUGCAGGUAUUUCAUUAUAUGACUACGUGAGUGCAGUGACCGUUGGACUUUACGAUCAGACUGCAUUGCUCGAUCUAAACUCUCUUGAAGAGAUAGACUUGAGCUUUAUUACAAUAGGUGUAGUUGGAGAUAGCGAUAAAUUGAAUCUUAUCUUAUGCGAGGAUAGACUCCCGUUGGAUAAACUAGAGAGAUUGAUUAGCUUGGGUAUAGAAGGAUGCCACCGACUGAAAGGAUUGAUGAACGAUACCGUUAGACAGGUUGGAGCAGAUUUACUAAGCAAGAAACAGUAA